CAAGCAUGGGGAUCCUCGACAAGAUCAAGGAGAUUGAGGAUGAGAUGAAGCGGACGCAGAAGAACAAGGCCACGGAAGGCCACCUUGGCCAUCUCAAGGCCAAGCUCGCCAAGCUGCGCACGGAGCUGCUUGAAGGCGACAAGUCGAGCGGCGGCGGCGGCGAAGGGUUUGACGUGGCGAGGAGUGGCGACGGCCGCGUCGCGCUCAUCGGGUUCCCGUCCGUCGGCAAGUCGACGCUCUUGAGUCAGCUCACCGACACCGAGUCCGAGACGAACGCCGUCGAGUUCACGACGCUAACGUGUAUUCCCGGCAACCUCAUGUACAACGACGUGCGCAUCCAGCUCCUCGAUUUGCCCGGUAUCAUUGAAGGCGCUGCGCAUGGCAAGGGUCGUGGUCGCGAAGUCAUUGCUGUCUCCAAGUCGGCCGACAUGAUCCUCAUGGUGCUCGAUGCCGGGCGCGAGGAGGGCAACCGCCACCGCGCGAUCCUCGAGAACGAACUCGAGACCGUCGGCCUGCGCUUGAACCGCAACCCGCCGGAUAUUUAUUUCCGCAAGAAGGCCGGCGGUGGCAUCUCCUUCAACGCGACCGUGCGCCUCACGCGCAUGGGGGAUGACCCGUACAAGACCGUCUACAAGAUCUUGCACGAGUACCGGAUCCACAACUGCGAGCUGCUCUUCCGCGAAGACGCGAGCGUCGACGAUCUGAUCGAUGUCAUUGAAGGCAAUCGCAAGUACAUCAAGUGCCUCUACGUCUACAACAAGAUCGACGUCAUCUCGAUCGAAGACGUCGACCGCCUCGCGCGCAACCCGCACUCGGUCGUCAUUGCCUGUGAACACAACGGCCGGCCCGCGCUCAACUUUGACCACUUGCUCGCGACCAUGUGGAAGUACAUGGGUCUCACGCGCGUCUACACCAAGCGCCGUGGCGAGCAACCCGAAUUUGACGAACCCGUCGUCCUCUCGUCGGAACGCAAGGGCACGACGGUCAACGCCGCGUGCAUGUCGAUUUCCAAAGACAUGCUCGACAACUUCAACUAUGCGCUCGUGUGGGGCGUGAGCACCAAGUACAACCCGCAACGCGUCGGGAAAGAGCAUGUGCUCCUCGACGAAGAUGUGCUGCAAGUCAUCACCAAGACGGUCAACCAGCAAAAGCACGACAAGAACUACAACAAGAAGGUCCAGGCCCACUGGGACAAGUACAAGGCUAAGAAGAAGGCGCUCAAGACCUAAGCCAUCCCCCAUCCAAGGCCGAGCGAGAAAACAACGACUGUCUCCCAA